CUCCUCAUCAUCAUCAUCCUCCUCCUCCUCGCCCCGCCGCCGCCGCCGCCGCCGCCGCCGUGCACGCCCCGCUCGCCACCCUCCCGCCGCCGCCAUGCGCGCGGUCACGUGCGCGGUCACGGGACCGGGGGCGCGCCCGGAACCGGCGGCGGGAGCGAGCGGCGGGAUCCCGGAGCAUCCCGGAACCGGCGGCGGGAGCGAGCGGCGGGACCCCGGAGCAUCCCGGAACCGGCGGCGGGAGCGAGCGCAGGAUCCCGGAGCAUCCCGGAACCGGCGGCGGGAGCGAGCGGCGGGACCCCGGAACAUCCCGGAGCAUCCCGGAACCGGCCGCAGCAUCCCCGAGCCGCCCGCAGCCAUGUCCCGCCCCGCCGCGCCCGGCCCCGCACCAUGGUGGAAUUACUUCUUUCUUUAUGAUGGGUCAAAAGUGAAGGAGGAAGGGGAUCCUACGAGUGCCGGGAUCUGUUAUUUUUACCCUUCCCAGACCAUCCCAGAGCAGCAGGAGCUGCUGUGUGGGCAGAUGGCCGGGGUUGUUCGCUGCCUCACCGAGAUCUCUGGAUCCCCUCCCAGCCUUGUCCGCCUCAGGAAGCUCAAAUUUGCCGUGGUGGUGGAUGGAGACUUUCUGUGGGUUCUGGGCUGUGCUGUGGAGCUGCCUGACGUGAGCUGCCGGCGCCUCCUGGAGCAGCUCAUCGGCCUCUUCACCUUCUACCAGGGCCCUGUGCGAGGGGCGUACACGGCAUUUUCCCAGGAGGAGCUGAGCAAGGAGUGGGACAGGUACAUUGAGCACAUCCAAAAAAACACCAGUGACCUCCACAGGAUUUUCAAUUCUCUCUGGCAUCUGGACAAAACCAAGGUGGAUCCUUUGCUUUUGCUGAAGGCAGCUCUCAUCCUGCAGACAUGCCAGCGCUCUCCCCAUGUCCUGGCAGGCUGCAUCCUCUACAAGGGCUUGAUUGUGAGCACCCAGCUGCCACCUCCACUCACUGCCAAAGUCCUCCUGCAGGGCAGCGAGUCCCAAGGCCAGAGUGAGCCUGGAGCUGAGGAGCCACAGGAGCCUGGGUCUGCGCUGCCGCCGGGCGUCCGAAUCAUCCCCGUGUUCCUCACAGGGGAGGAAAUCUCUGUGCUCCAGGACUUCCCCGUGGAGUGGAUGGCCAGGUCACCCAUGUCCCCAGCAGGCCCCAGAGCAGAGGAGAGUGCUCUCUGCUCCCAGGCAGUUCCAGAAUCAACAGGAGCUCAUGAAAACCAGGCUCUGGAUGGAAUCUCUGUGCAGGAGUGCUGUGAGGACGCUUCAGGAACACCUGCCCCAGGAGAUGCUGUGCAGUUGAGCAGCCCUGCAAGUCCUCUGAUGGAGUUCUCUGGAAUGGAAACUGGCACAAGGAAUUCUCCAUCUGCAAACCUGGGUGGAGCAGGCAGUGAAAGCUCAGAGCUCAGCGGGAAAACAUCCUUCCCUUCAGAGAGUGACACAGAGCAGCUCCCAAGCCCUUCCUCACUCCAGACUGAAUGUGCUUGGACUACAGGUCCAUACCUGGAAGGCUUUUCCUUUCCCAACCCUUACUGCUGGGAGCAGGAGAGCAAGGACAAGAGGGAAUCCCCUGCAGACUCUGAUGUUGGUCACUGUGCGUCCCAAAAUUCCCUUUCAGUCAGCCACAGCCCAGCUGUUCCCUCUCCUGCCCAGGAGCUGAGCAGAAGAAAAUCCAGUGAGCAGGACAAGCCAUGGAGUGUGAGCCAGGACAGUGUGUCUGGAGGCAGUGGCAGCACAGCUGGUGACCACGUGUGGGGCUUGGAUUGUCCUGCUGGACACGCUCAGCUCCGGAGUGGGAAGCAGCUGCUGCUCCCAGGGGUUCAGGAGGCUCUGCCCAGUGACCCUGCAGGGCUCAGGCCGUGUGCCAGCAGCAGGGAGGACAGGCUGGGUGGCAGAGGCAGCGAGCCAGCCCAGCUGAGCCUCUAUGUUCACUGCAUCCAGGGGCUGGUGCUGUCGCUGCUGGCGGAGCAGCAGCUGCGCCGGGACCGCCGCGCCGUGGAGGACGUGUACCACAGCAGCCUGGCCUCCCUAAAUGGCCUCGAGGUUCACCUGAGGGAGACUCUGCCCAAGGACUCCUCAGCCUCAGCCAGGACAAACUACAGCUUCACACACUAUGACUGUGUCCAGAACGUCCUCACAGCCAACUUGCCCCACAGCCCCGGGCCCCUGGACCGACACUUCCUCAGGGCAGCCACUCUCAUCCACUCCGACUUCAGCCAGCUCCCCACGGCCUCAGAAGUGAUCAUCAGGAACGCCUCCACAGCCGUGUAUGCCUGCAGGAACCCUGUCCAGGAGACCUACUUCCAGCAGCUGGGAGCUCCCCUCCGCAACUCAGGCGUCCCCAACCCGCACGACAGCGCCUUCAGCCUGCCCAGCAAGGCCAAGCAGAAGCUGCUGAAGCAUGGGGUGAACCUGCUGUGAGCUGCUGUGCUCAGCCCUGUGGAAUGUUCGUCUCCAGCAAGGAAAAUCUCAGCUGUUUGUGCCAACAGAGGCAGGAGGCCCUGCCCUGCCUCUGUGGGGGCUCCAGCCUGCCUGGCCCUGAGGAAGGGACAAUCCUUGCCCUGUCCUGCAGCACGUUUUGGGCCAGUGCAGGUGUCAGUGGCAGCAUUUACCAAAGACUGAGGACAGAAUGCAGUGUCUUGGGUGUUUGGUUUACAUGGACUUUACAGGGACUCUCCUGGUACUCUGCAGACUCCCCACGUGCCUUGAUCUGAGGUAAAGCCUCACCUUGCUGUGAGUUACACAGCCCCAGGCAGUGCUGGCUUUCAGAGGUGUCAGUCAGCCACUGUCUGUGCCUGCACUUGCCCUGGUCAGACUUUGGCUUUAUUUAUAUCCCUUAAUCCAUGGGAAUGAUCCUGCCAUGACCUAGUGCCUUGCCUUGGUUAGCAGUGCCUGCCUGUUCUCACACGGGAGCAGAACAAGAGCUGCAGAGCUCACAGUCCCUCUGGGUGCUCCCAGGAGGUUUUUACCCCACAGGUGACUCUGGAGGGAUGUCCCUGUCCCUCCACACCUCCCUGGUCAGUGAUGGUCCAGCCUAGCCCUGCCUUCCUUGUGCCCACCUGGAUGUGCAGUCUCACAGGGGCUGGUGAUGAUGGUGGUGUGAGUGUCCCUCAGCCUUGUGCUCCCUCCCUCCUGCUCUUACUGCUCACUUUGCCCACACUCUGCAGACCCUGAAAGUGCCUCUGAGCUGAUGGGACCAAAGAGGUUUUGUGUCCCCUCAGCAGCUGUUCCCUUUCUGCUCUGACAGUGUCCCCAGUCAGUGGUGGCUGCUUAGGCAGGGGAUGAGUACCUGUGUUUGGCUGGGCUUGGACCCUGCUGCUGGUGCAGACACACCCCUCAGUGUGACUGUGGAAAUAAAGGAGUCUCAAGGCUCA